AUGAACAAACCAUUGUUCAUGCAUAUCGUUGAUCGACUCUCCAAUGAAUUUGAAUUCUUUCGACAAAAGAGAGAUGCUCUCGGAAGGCUUAGUCUCUCUCCACUACAAAAGUGUACAGCAGCCAUUCGUCUCUUGGCAUAUGGUAGUGCUGCUGAUACUGUCGACGAAUACCUCCGCCUCGCUGAAAGUACAAGUCGGUCAUGUUUGGAGAAUUUUGUUGAAGGAAUAAUUCAAUUGUUCGGCGAUGAGUAUCUAAGAAGACCAACAGAAGCUGAUCUUCAACGCCUACUUUAUAUUGGAGAGCAUCGUGGAUUUCCCGGGAUGAUAGGAAGCAUCGACUGUAUGCAUUGGGAGUGGAAGAAUUGUCCCACCACUUGGAAAGGGCAAUAUUCUCGAGGUUCGGAUAAACCAACAAUCGUUUUAGAGGCAGUUGCUUCAUAUGAUCUCUGGAUAUGGCAUGCAUUUUUUGGAUCUCCAGGUACCUUUAAUGAUAUCAAUGUUCUUGAUCGUUCACCUGUUUUUGAUGACUUAAUACACGGUCAAGUUCCGCAAGUCACUUACUCCGUUAAUGGAAGAGAGUAUCAUUUAACUUACUAUCUCACCGAUGGUAUUUACCCGAAAUGGGCAACUUUUAUCCAAUCUAUUCCACUACCACAAAGUCCGCAAGCAGUUUUAUUUGCUCAACGUCAAGAAGCUGUCCGAAAAGAUGUCGAGCGUGCUUUUGGAGUCCUGCAAGCUCGUUUUGCCAUUGUUAAAAAUCCAGCACUUUUUUGGGAUAAAGUUAAGGUUGGGAAGAUUAUGAAAGCAUGUAUCAUACUCCAUAAUAUGAUAGUAGAAAAUGAACGAGAUGAUGUGGUGUGGGUAAACGAACGAGGUGGAUACAUUCGGUAUGAUAUUUCAGGGUUCCAAGAUGGAGAAGGUUCACAUGUCGAUCUCAACUUUUCUACAAAUACAGAUUCAAUGAUCCCCGAUAUGAUUCCUACUGAAACUACAAUUCGUGAUAUACAAAUGCAUCAACAACUGAAAGAUGAUUUGGUUCAACAUAUAUGGCAUAAAUUUGGACAUGAAGGAGACAACAACUGA